CACCCUCCGCCAGUAGCCAUGGGCCAGGACUUGCCGUGGCUCAACCACUCCGGCAGCCUGCGGGAGGCGGGCAACGCCUGUGCGGCGGACGGGCAGCGCGACGGACCGUUCGCCGCCGGUACGGCCGCGCUGCUGGCGGGACUCAUGGGGCUGCUGGUGCUGGCCACAGUGGUGGGGAAUGCGCUGGUCAUUCUGGCGUUCGUGGUGGACCGGAGCCUCCGCACGCAGGGCAACUUAUUCUUCCUGAACCUGGCCAUCGCCGACCUUCUGGUGGGCGGCUUCUGCAUCCCCCUCUACAUCCCCUACGUGCUAGCGGGCGAGUGGAGACUCGGCAGGGGCUUGUGUAAGCUGUGGCUGGUGGUGGACUACCUAGUGUGCACGGCUUCCGUCUUCAACAUCGUCCUUAUCAGCUUCGACAGGUUCAUCUCUGUCACCAAAGCGGUCAGUUACAGGGCUCAGAAAGGGAUAACCAGAAAUGCAGUACUGAAGAUGGUCACGGUCUGGAUUGCUGCUUUUAUUCUCUAUGGUCCAGCUAUUCUCAGUUGGGAGCACAUUGCCCAAAAAAGCAUCCUUCCUGAAGGAGAAUGUCAUGCAGAAUUCUUCUACAACUGGUACUUCCUAAUGAUUGCAUCUACUAUUGAAUUCUUUACACCUUUCAUCACUGUUACGUACUUCAAUUUAAGUAUUUACCUCAACAUCAGGAAACGUACAUCCCUCAGAAAUGGAAACCUGUCACCUGGUCAGGAGGACUGUGAAAUGACUUUCCAGGGGAAAAAAAGGGAAAACACGAUAUUUUUUGUAAAACCUAACAGACACAAACAUGAGAGAACAAGCAGCCUUUCUCCCCCCAAAAAGGCUUCAAGGCUCAGGCUACAGAAGCUUGACAAUCACUCAUUAGAUUUGAAUGCAAAUCAAGACCUUCCACCACUUCAGAUGGAAGUUGAGACCAAACCUCACAGGAAUGGUUUCUACAAAGCUACUGAAAGCAUCUGCAAUGGCACCAGUGGAGCAGACAUUGCAAACACUAUGGCAAACAGAUUUAGGCUUUCCCGGGAUAAAAGAGUAGCAAAGUCUUUAGCAAUUAUUGUCUGUGUGUUUGGUUUAUGUUGGGCUCCAUAUACGCUUUUGAUGAUCAUCAGAGCAGCUUGCCAUGGGCACUGUGUGCACUAUUCACUCUAUGAGAUUUCAUUUUGGCUUCUGUGGGUGAAUUCAGCCAUUAACCCUGUUCUAUACCCACUGUGUCACAUGAGCUUUAGGAAAGCCUUUAUAAAACUCCUGUGUCCAGGAAAAGUCAAAAUUCAUCCUCAUAUUUUUAUGUGAAAAAAAAAAAAAGGAAGUGCAAAGGCUGACAGUAUAUGUUGCUUUCAGUGGGAGCAUAAACUGGCUAAUAUUCACCUGCUAUGAUUAAAUACAAUGUGCACUGGGUAGUUUAUGGAAUGCUGAUAAAUAGGUACAAAUGUAGAUAUUUAUGAAUGUAUAGAAAUACUGUCAUCCAUGUAGCUGAAGAAGUCACAGCAAUGAAAAGAAAGGUAAUUUCUCACAGCUCUUUGGGCGAUAUGCCAAGGAUAUAUUUUCUGGUAACCAUGCAUGAUUGUUAAAGUGCUGAAAAGGGAAUACACCACUCAAGGCCAGUAACUAGAGUUCAAGCUCUCUCACUUUUAGUAACUGUAAAUAUUACUGGUAAGAAUUUCAUGAAGUGCAGCCUCAGACCUGUUAGAUUUUACUCUUAAACGCACUCUCAGACACCAAGGGUCUUGGCUGUUAAGUGGACUAUGCUCCCCCUCCUGCCACUUACUGGCAAGCCAGACAAGAUUAUGACCAAUGAAAAAGCUAAACAGGUGUUCAGGAAAAGCAUGGCACAAAGAGGCAUCACAACAGUGGUGCCAAAGAAGUGGAGCAAUUAUAGCAGGUAAGGAGCACUGAUUUUAGUGGAAAAGGUGAUGAAGAAAUCAAGAGUUGAACACCACUAGUGAUACAAGUUUCUUUCCACCAUCAUUGUUUUCUACCUAGUUUAACAGAUGCAUUUGUCUGCUGAUGAGAAUGAUGGCUAUUGGACAUCAGUAAUUGUCCACUGCAACACCCAAAAUGCAUGUUAGUACAGUCAGUCUUAAAGUUUACAGACAGUACCUGGAAGUUAUUUACUUUGU